CAAUCCGCCGUCUUGGAAGAAGACAGCUACGCACCUCCACUAGCUGGCCUGCAAGAGAACACAAAUAUGGAGAAACUACUAAUAAUCUUAAUAAUGACAGUUGUUCAGAUUGUGAUGGGAUAUGAAAUGAACUGCACUGAUGUGAACUCAGAACUUAUGGAAACUCUAGAAAUGAUCCUGAAUUGUACAAAGCUUCAUCAGGGUGAUACACUAGCACCAGACUUAUAUGGGUCUACACAGUAUUAUCCAUCCCUCAGUUCUGUAUGUGAAAGGAUUAUGAAUAAUGUCUCAGCUAACCCACGGAAACCAACAGGACUGCCACAACCUGAGUCAGGCCCAACUACUGUGCAAAUUUGGGUGUAUGGAAAUUUGUGUGUCUUGUGCAUAAGCAUCUGUUCUCUAUUUGGAUCAUUGCUGGCACCACUUCAGAAAACCAAACUCUACAAUACUGCACUUACAAUUCUUAUUGGCCUUGCUGUUGGAUCACUUUCAGGAAGUUCAGCUUUCCAUCUGAUACCACAGGCUUUUGAAGUUAUGGGAUCAGAGGAUCAUCCCCAGUACUUACACAUUGCAUUAACAGUGUGGUUGGGAAUAUGGGUAUUCUUCCAGGUUGAAGUAAUACUCAAAAUUAUAGAAAAGCACAAGAACAUUCCACAUCACUCACAUAACCAUGCAUCUGAGGGAACUAUGCCAUCAGAAAUGACAGCUUUCAUCAAUCACAAAGGAGAAAUUUUUCCAGCACAACCAGAACUGCAAUUAAAAGCUAUUACCAAUAAUGUACACCAGGAGGCAACUGAUGGACAUGAGAUUUCAGCUUGGAAAAAUGGCUAUCAGCCUUCUUUAGAUGUUCCUCAUUCUGUGAAAGCUAAGAAACAAACAAUUGCACCAGUGGCCUAUAUGGUUGUUUUUGGAGAUGCCAUUCACAAUUUUAUUGAUGGAGUAUCUAUUGGAGCUGCAUUCACUGACAGCAUCUGGACAGGCAUUAGUCUCAGCAUUGCUGUCUUCUGUGAGGAACUACCUCAUGAACUAGGUGAUUUUGCUGUCUUGUUGAAUUCUGGAAUGUCAGUAAAAUUGGCAGUCUGCUGCAAUUUCCUUUCUGCCUGCACAUGCUUUGUGGGAUUUGCUGUUGGAGUUCUUCUUGGUGAAAUUUAUGCGAGCAAAUACAUAUUUGGCUUUGCUGCUGGGAUGUUCCUCUACAUCAGUCUUGUGGACAUGAUUCCAGAAAUGAAUCAUGUGGCAACAGAAGCAAUGGAUCGUGGCUGGAAGUCAGGAUGCUUAGUGUUAUUGCAGCAAAAUAUAGGUAUUGGGAUUGGUGUUGUAAUACUAUAUGUUCUUGCACAUUAUCAAGAACAUAUCAAUGUGCAGUAAAUGAUCUUCUGGGGAGAUCAUUCCUCAAAACUCAUUGUACGCAGUAAAUGAUCCUCUGGGGAGAUCAUUCCUCAAAACUCAUUGUACGUGUAAUUACUCAUAUUGUAUAAAAUAUUGUGUAUUGUCAACUCAUAUUUUUGUGAUGUGUAUUUUUUGAAGCCAAAGAUUGUCUUUUUCAUGUCCAUAUUUAAUUGUAAGCAAGUGAUAAGGUAAUAUUUUUGCUCAAUAAAUAACAGACUUAAAAAGUUAUUGCACACGAAAUACGCUGAAGUUUUCUGAGGUUAAAAUGUUCCUAAAGAUGCAUUACUUAAGUGCUAAUAUUGUAUCAUGAAGAAAUUUCUGUAUAUAAAUGUUGUUAUUUCUAAAUUUUACUUUAAAUAAAAAUGUAGCACUAUA